CUUUUUGAUUUUAACAUUUUUAUGAAAUAUAAUAAAUUGUCAUUAAAUGAAGGGAUAUAAGGAUAAUGAACCUAGUAUCAGCUUAGAAAAGGUAGUUUUCCCAUAUGAAAUAACAGUUUCAGUUAUGGAAGUUAAAAAUAAUAUUCUUGUUAUGGGAUUGGGAGGAGGAGGAGUUUUACGUAUGAAUUUGGAACAUCCAGAAGAAAUUCAGGACUUAGAGAUGCCAUAUAAGUAUGUAGAAGUAGUGAUUGAACGAAUUUUUCUUUCACCGAAUGGAAAACAUUUGAUAGUGGGGAUAGAAAGUGAUGAAUAUAUAUAUUUUGAAGGGGAAUCCAUUCAAGGGAAGGUAUUGACACAAUUUAAAGGUCUUGGGAUUAGAUGUAUUGCAUGGAAUAAUGAGGGGAAAGAUUAUUUUAGAAAGGGAAUUUUAUUAGGAAGUUAUAAUGGAAAUAUAUAUGAAGCUAAUAUACAAAUAUUAAAUAAACAAAAUAAGUAUGUAAGAUGUGUAUAUCAGGGAGAAGAUAAUUCAGAAGUGAUUGGGCUUUAUAUGGAAGAAUUAACAGAAGAUAGUGAAUAUUAUUAUAUUGUAGUAGUUACAGAAAGAAAGAUAGAAUAUUUUAUGGGAAAAAAAGGAAAAAAUGGAUCAAAUGAUAUAACAGUAACACAGGAUAUUUUUUCAUCCAAUGUAAAGGGAUCUCAAGUUUUUGAAACGAAAAAUUCACAAUAUUCAAUAUCACCAAUUUUAUUUGAUGAAUAUAGCAAUAAUAUGAGUGAUAGAUAUAUUGGAUGGAUAUCAGAAAGUAAUCUUUUUUAUGGAUCAUUAAAAAUGUUUGAUAUUGGUGUGUCUGAAAAGUUUAAUUUUACAUUGACACAUUUGUUAAUGGAUACGGUUAAAAAGGAUUUGAAUUUGCCCUUUUUUUUUUGUUUUACACAUUAUCAUAUUAUUCUUGUAAAACAAUCAGAGAUAUAUUUAUUAAGUAGAUUAAAUCAUCAGAUUGUUUUUUCAGAAAAGAUACCAUUGGCAUUAGGUGAAAAAAUAUUAGGUCUAGUAACAGAUACAUAUAAAAGUUCAUAUUGGGUUUAUUCAAAAGAUUCUGUUUAUGAAAUUGUUGUUUCAAAUGAAGAUUGUAAUAUUUGGGAUCUGUUUCUUAAAAAUAAUGAUUAUAUUAAAGCGCUUAAAUAUGCUAAAAAAAACUCUCAUUAUGAUAUUAUUUACAGAAAAUAUGGAAUGGAUUUGAUUAAACAGGAUAAAGCUCGUGAUGCAGCAAAAAUAUUAGCUAAAACAACAUUUCCUAUUGAAGAGAUUGCCUUGAAAUUCAUAAGCAUGAAAGACUAUGAUUCAUUGAGAAUAUAUUUACUUGAGAAAUUAAGUAUGAUGAAGAAGGGAGCAAUUAUACAAAAAACUAUAUUAUCUACAUGGUUACUUUUUUUAUAUAUAACUAAAAUGAAUACACUAGAAGAUAUUCAAAGACAGAAGAUUUUUCUUAAUUUACCUGAUACAACACAAACAGAAAACAAGGAAAUUCAAAAUGAAUUCCGGGAAUUUAUAAAUAAAUAUAAAAAUGAUUUAAACCGAGAAGCUUCUUAUUAUCUUAUUAAUAGUCAUGGCAGACAAAAUGAAUUGUUAAUGUACGCAGAAAGUAUUAAUGAUUAUUCAUAUAUUUUAAAAUAUUGGAUAAGAAAUCAGAAUUAUGAUUCGGCACUUGACAUUCUUAACAAACAAGAUUCACCUGAAUUAAUUUAUAAAUAUGCAUCUGUAUUGAUUUUACAAAGACCAAAAGCAACUGUAGAUAUAUGGAUGUUGCAUUCUGAUAUUGAUCCAUUGAAACUUAUUCCUGCUAUUAUUGAUUAUAAUCAACAAUAUAAGCCUCUAAUAGAACAUAAUCAAACAAUUCGUUAUCUUUUUUUUGUUAUUGAUCAGACAUCUAUAACUGAUUCUAUUAUUCAUAAUACAUUAUUAUCAUUACUUGCAAGCAGUGAAAAUGAAGACGAAGCAACCCUCUUACAAUAUCUUGAAUGGCAAAAAAGUAAGCAUUAUUAUACUCAGGACUUUGCAUUACGUACUUGUAUUCAGUAUAAAAGAAUUUUGAGUUCUGUUUAUUUGUAUUUUGAAAUGAAUUUUUUUGAAGAAGCUAUAGAUUUGGCUUUAGAAUAUGAUAAUGUAGAUUUGGCAACUACUAUGGUAGAUAAAAUUGAGGAUAAUCAGAUAUUGAAGAAAAAAUUAUGGAUUAAAAUUGCAAAAAAAGUAAUUAUUCAAUCUGAUGGGGAUACUAAGAGAUUACAAUUUUUAAUGAAAAACAAUAGGCUUUGUAUUGAAGAUUUAAUCCUAUUAUAUCCUGAUUCUGUAAAAAUUGAUGAUUUUAAAGAAGAUAUAUGUUCUGUAUUAAAAGAUUAUAGUUCUAAUAUAGAUUUUUUACUUAAAAAAAUGGAAGAAUUAACUCAAUCUGCUGAUAAUAUUCGUAAUAGUAUACAAGAUCAUAAUAACUGGUUCGUAAUUUUGAAUACAGAAGAAGAAUGUAAUAUUUGUCGAAAUAUGUUAUUAAAUGAACAAUUUUAUGUUUUUCCAUGCCAACAUUGCUUUCAUAAAGAUUGUUUAUUUUCAAAAGUUUCAGAAGAUACUACUUCUUGGCAAUACAGGCGAAUUCAAGAUCUACAAUCUUCAAUAUCUAAACUUAAAAAUGAUACAUCUGAAAAACAAAUACAACAAUCUAAAAAACUAGCCAAAGAAUUGGAUGAUAUAAUAUCAUCUGAGUGUAUACUUUGUGGUAAUACUAUGAUACGAAGUAUAGAUAAAAGUUUUAUCGAUAAUAAUACGGAAAUGUCUUUUUGGAAUAUUUAACAAUUACAGUUAUAUUUAUUAUUUAAAUUAGAAAUAAUAUUCUCU